AUGGGGAACUGUCUGCAGGGAACAACCGGGUGGCAGCUGGACAUGCAGGAAACACCUUGGAAUCUGAGACUCCAAAAUGCCAAGCGGAGGACACGCAGAUAUUUCAGGUGCUGGAGUUGUCACAUCAAUGAAGGCUGUCCCUGCCUUCCUUGGAAAAACAUAAGCACACUUAAAGCCAGACAAGAGCCCCCAAAGCAAGAUGAAGGGAUGACUUCAGCUCCCAUUCAGGACAAUGCCAAUGAGACCUACACGGAGGAGUUAUGUUACAUCCUUGUCCAUCACAAAGCAGUCGGGGGAAGACCACCAGGCCACCCAGCCGACAGGCUCUACGAGAACAUCUCCAGUAAGGCUGAGAGACCCAGGGCGUCCACAAAAGGAACAGAGACUGAGUAUUCAGUUCUCCACUUUCCCUCCCCUCCUCAGCCUCUCCCUCCUGCAGAAGAUGAAUAUGAACUUCUUGUGCCCAGUAGAUUCUCCUCACAUGUCCUUCCACAUCCACGGCCACCUGCGGCCCCUUUCGAGACUCACUUCCCACAUCAACAGUGA